AUGGAAUAUACUGCGGAUACGCUGUCGUCUCAUUGCGUCGGCUACGGGUCACCGAAAUGGGGAUACAACCUGAGUGAGGACUGCCUCUAUCUCAAUGUCUUCCGUCCGCUGGCUCUUACGAUGGCGAUCCUCUACCGGUUGCCGUCUGAAUCCACGGUGUAUGUUGGCGGCUACGUCCAAGCAGGCGGAUCCGACAUCCGCUACAACCUCUCCUUCAUCGUACAGCGCUCCGUCGAUGGCCGGCCCAUCAUCGCGUCAGCAUGGACUACCGACUGGGCUCCUGGGGCUUUCUCAUCUCGCAAGAAGUGCUCGACAGCGGGAACUCUAACUUCGGGCGCUCUGGCUGUCAGCGCCAUCGUGGAGAGCAGGAGCCCCAUCGCCACAGACGACGCGGAUAUGACGAGCAUGCAGGCCUUGUACAACGCCCUCGUCUCUCAGGCCCGAUGCGACGGCUCGGUCGACUCGCUGCAGUGCCUGCGCGAGCUGCCGCCCCCUUCGCGGACCGCAAUGCCGUGGUCAACACCACGGCGCUGCAGACCUGGUCCCCCCAAGAUCGACGGCGACUUCUUCUUCGCGCGCGCGUUCCGCGACCAGAUCGCCGACGGCAGCUUCGGCCUCAACACGACUUCCGACCUCCGACAGACGCUGCUAUCCUCCUCCUCCGACUCCAUAACCGAAGCCUACGUCGAGGAGCUCCUAGCCGCAUAUCGGGGGUAUGACCCGACAACAUCCUCCCCGACCUACCCCCCGACUACGUCUCGCCCGCGUAGCCGUAGGGUCUGCUGCAAUGGCGGUGCGCCGCAACCCUCUAAGUUACGGCGACCGCUUUCCGAUCGCGGCCCGGCGUACUGCUUCCGCUUCAAUACGAUGCUGAAUCUCGACGGCGUCCGCUAUGCGCCGGUGCGGACGCGCCCCUUUUGA